UUUUCAGACUGUGAAAUGAGUAUAUCAACAUGAUUAGAGGUAGGAAGGUGACUGAUCCUGUUGUACAGGGGACAACCUUAUCUUAUGACACAAAACCAGGACUGACAAAAGCUUGGGAUACAGUCAACAGAGCUAAGACUGAGUUACAUAAAGCAGAACAACGUCUCGAAGAAGUGGAGCGUCAUAGCGUACCAACGCAGCUGAACCAGACAGGGGAGACAAGUAUUACUGAUUACGGUGGUCUUGGCAUGAACAGAGAUCAUAAUGAAACUUACAGUUUACCGGAUGAUUUCGCAACAGGGACAGGCACCUUGACAAAGAAGGUGGUCGUUGAUAAGUAUGGAAGAUCAGCAUAUCUAAAGUCCAAAACCCAAGCAGCGAGAAAAAUCAGCAGAUUAGAAGAUAAAUAUGUUGAAGAGGUAGAUGAUAAGGAUCAUCAUAGAAAAACCACAUCGACAAAAUCUCAUGAAAACAAUGUCGGCCAUUCUAGCAAAAAGAAACAAGCGGGACUUCAGUUACAGGAGAAGAAAUACGAAAGGGAGGCUCAGCGGGGACAUAAAACGGCGCACGGGUUAAAAACCGUGGGCGAUAGACAUGUAGAGUUUUCCGAUCACGUUCGUUAUAGAGAGAACCACGUUGGAUUAGAUAACGGAUAUAUGGAAUCAAACUUUCGUGAUAAUUUAAUUAGUGAUCAGUCUACUUUGACGACUUCGAGAGAAAUUCGUGAAACGGAGAUAAAUUUUUUAAACAAUAAUUUAACACGAGACUAUGACCCCCAACAAGGAAAUGAUAUCGGUACCCGUUUGACGCAUGUCAGUGUAAAGGUACCAGGCUCAACUAAAACAACAACUUCUAGCUAUAACGGUGCAGGGACACAUAAAUCUGGGUCAAAUAAAAAAUCUCAUUUCCUAGAUCUUGUGUCGGAAAGUCCAGAUAUGGAUGGACGUGGAACAGACUGUUCUCAGUCCGACAGCGAAUCUGGUCGAGGUCGGAGGUUUAAAGGGAAUAUCAAACAUAUAGGCGCAGGUAUGAUUUUAAGAAUGUUGAUUAUAUUUCCCUUUUUGAUACGAUGA